AUGACAAAACAGGCAUAUGGUAGAAAUCUGGCUCAAGCAUGGUUUUGGCAAAUCUUCAAUGGAGUUGCAAGUAUGAGGUUAAUUGAACGGAACUCUGAAAUUCCUCAUGAAGGCCCGUUCUGUGAUCUCAUGUGGAGUGAUCCUGAAGAUAUUGAAACAUGGGCAGUCAGUCCACGCGGUGCAGGAUGGUUAUUCGGGGCCAGGGUCACAUCGGAGUUCAACCACAUAAACAAUCUCGAUCUUGUUUGUCGAGCUCACCAACUCGUGCAAGAAGGUCUUAAGUACAUGUUUGAAGAUAAAGGCCUAGUAACCGUGUGGUCUGCACCAAAUUAUUGUUACCGUUGUGGGAACGUCGCUUCUAUAUUGAGUUUCAACGAGAAUAUGGAGAGAAAAGUAGAGUUCUUCACUGAAACAGAAGAGAAUAAUCAGAUGAGAGGGCCAAGGACAGGAGUCCCGUAUUUCUUGUAAUGAAAGGGAGAUACAUACUGCAGUAGUGGUAAUAUUAUUCAAGAAUUUGAUUUCUAAAAGAAAGUAUCAGAGGAGGAAAGC